AUCCGCCUAUAGAUCUACGCCUAUAUUCUAGCUUAAUGCUGAUCUACAGGGCAUCUGGGUACUGUAGUGGGGCAUAUAGUGACCCGUAACUUAUCGAUAAGAAUACGUCAGUUCACAACGCCUCAGCAUUGUCACAGCUUGUCGCUAACUUGCCAAUUUCAUAUCCAACCAUGCGACACUGGGAAUAACCGAUGCUCUACGUUGAGGGCACCUCCAGAUUGCUUAAGAAGCUGUAUACUAUCAAUUUCUUACCAAUGCAUCUUCCACCAUGAGUCACCAACGCUAUCCGUCGAUCGACCCUAAGGAACCUCAUUCCGUUUCCUUAAAAGUCCUACGACUCUCUAGACCAUCCCUCGUAGUCCAACACCCACUUCCACCGCCACUCUCCGCUAGACCUCCAUCCGCCGACCAACAAGUACACGAAGAUACCCCGAUCCCUGCCUCUCUCGCCUACACCACCGAUAGCGAUACAAACCCAGAUCCGUUUCUACUCGCGCCGAUACUACAAUUACCACCGUCGUUUGGAUCAGCAUACGUAGGUGAGACAUUCAGUUGCACACUAUGCGCAAACCACGACGCCACCCCACCAGGCGAAACACCGCCCACACCAUCUAGCGCCGGGGGCCUAGCCCCAAGCGCAGGACAACAAGCAUAUAAAAAGAAAUUCACCCGCGACGUACGCAUCGAAGCCGAAAUGAAAACCCCCAGUUCCGGCACAGUUCUAAAACUUCCCCUGCACAGCGCCGACGGGAUCGAGCACCCCAACAACAACGACAACGAAACCACAACAGAAAAAGGCGGAAAUAAAGGAAUAGACUUAGAACCGGGCCAGACGCUUCAACGUAUAGUUAAUUUCGAUUUGAAGGAAGAGGGAAAUCAUGUCCUGGCGGUGACGGUGAGUUAUUACGAGGCUACGGAGACUUCGGGGAGGUCGCGCACGUUUAGGAAGUUGUACCAGUUUAUAUGUAAAGGGUCGUUGAUUGUUAGGACGAAAGUUGGGGCUUUGAGUUCGGCUGCGUCUAUGGGGGUGAAGGGGGUAGGGGAGAAAGGAGGGGAUAGGAGACGCUGGGUUAUGGAAGCGCAGUUGGAGAAUUGUAGUGAGGAUGUUAUGCAACUAUCCCGCGUGGGGCUAGAUCUUGAGGGUGGGCUUAGGUAUCGCGAUUGUAAUUGGGAGGUUAGUCGCAGCGCGAAGCCGGUGCUACGUCCCGGGGAAGUUGAGCAGUGUUGUUUUGUGGUAGAGGAAGAAGGGGAGAACACUAUAGUUGAGGGUGAAGAUGGUAGGGUCGUAUUUGGUGUGCUGGGGAUCGGCUGGAGGAGCGAGAUGGGGAAUAAGGGGUACCUGUCGACAGGCAAAUUGGGCACGAGGAUUGUUAGGUGAUGGCGUGAGAGUAAAGACGGACUUUUUCGCCGCUAUUUCUCCUCCGCGUUCAUCAAUAACGGAGUAAGAGUCCGGCAUGAACGGGCUUGCGGACAUUCCUUGGAAUGCCGUAUGGGAAUAGGCUACAUUACACCGGAAUGCGGUAUUGCUCUACAUUGAUGCAUAUUCGUAUCCACGAAUACGAUCUUCAAGCAAU